GGUGAACCCGGGCACUAUAAGAAUCUGUGUCCGAGGUUAGUAGGCAAAAGCAACAUGAGGUUUUCUUCUUCUUCUUAUCGAGGAUGAUCAAUCUCGCCGGUGAACCCGGCGCGCACGCGAACAACGAUCGACAUCCAAGGAACCGGCUCUACGAAAGCAACUCGAUGACCUCACUAGCUCUCUAGCUAGCAUGAAGAACUACAUCGAUAUUGAGCAUGCGCGCAAGGAAAAAAAGGAGAAAGAGAAGAAAGAGAGGGAGAAACUCAAACAAGAAGAGCGAGAGCGCGAGCAGAGGGAAGAAGAGGUACGCUUAGCACGAGAGAAGCGGGAUGAGAAGCGUCGGAUUAAAAAAGAGAAAGAAAAGCAAAAGGAGGUCGAGUUUCGGGAAACGAUGCGGAAGGAGUUGAGGAUGGAGGUCCGCCGACAUGUUGGUGGUGUGUGCGAAGAGCUUCACCAUCGUUUACUCAAUAUUUUACCAACAAGUAAGACGAGUAAAGGAAAGAAGAAAGUUCUGGUGUAUCACUCGACUAGUGAUGAGGAGAGAAACUCGGACAAUAGCGAUGUUGAAGCACUCAGUGAGCAAGCCGAAGGGCUUGCGAUUAGCGAGAAAAGGAAGCGUAGCGCUGAACUUGUCAUUGGUAAUAGCCCUCCGAUGGAGACUUCCGCUAAACGUCGUACUAAGCGGGGGAAGUUGGAUCCGAAGCGCCUUGUCCUCAGUUGCCGCCAUCCAUCAAUGAAGAAACCACCAAUCAAGAAGACACCGGUGGGAAGUCAUAUGAAGAAAAGGAAGAUACCGGCAACUGUUGGCGAUCCCGGAAAGCUGCGCUUCGUCAUCGAUAACCUGCGAAAAUUAGGAGGUAUGAAUGUUGACGAACUCAAACAGAUGUGCAGGGAGGAAGAUGUGCAGUUCGAGGGUAAAAAGCAGAUGGAUACCAUCCUGGCGAUUAUUGAGAAGCGAACUCAAGUCGCCUAUGCUACGAACGAGGAGGAGGAGGAGACUAUUGGUGACAUUAAUAAAGUAGCGGAGGAACUCAUCAAGGGGGGGCAAUCAGGCCCCUGGUGUUUCCAAAAUGGAUAAUUCGGAGGAUUCUGACAAGUGAAGUGUUAGAAACUAUUGGAGAUUGAGCAAAGCAUUGGUGGUUGUUCGGCGGGAGAUACCAGUCGAUGCAAAAAUUGAAAGACUGUACAGAUUGGUUAUCAUUCUUUUGGCCCUUUAUGAUCAGAUCAGAUGGUUGCACAAGUGUGUUGCAUAAUGGAUUGGUCUGUAUAGGCGUUUUGGUGCUAAGAUCUUCAAUGGUGAUGAAGGGGGGGUGUAUGUACUGACCUCGUCUACGUGUAAGGCGCAGUAUGUUGGACAGACAAGGCGAAUGGGUAAUAUAUGUUGGAACGAGCACCUAUACGGAUGUGGGCGAAGGACUAAGCAAAUGCAUCUAUAUAGGUGGUGACAAGUUUUUGGCUCAGAGUCAUAUGUACUGCUGCCUAUUGAUGUAUGCUCUGCGUCGGAACUGUCGAUAUUAGAACAAAUUUAUAUCUACAGU